AUGGAUUUUACAGAUGGGUUAUUAUCUGGAUUGAGACAAAUCCCGUUUCUUCUCUCCACCCCUCAUCCAUCAAUAUCCUUUCGAUUGCUACCAAGUAUAUAACAUAAUAGUAAUCUAUGCUAGGCAAGCAGACAAAAAAACAUUUGUUGCUGUCGUCUAGUAUAUUCUCUGCGUUCUAUUCUAGUCUAGUAUGGCGUCCAAGGCACCAUCUAUGGUGUAUUUCUUUGUUCUGAUUGGUUUAACUUUGUUGUUUAGCAACAACGUUUAUGCAACUGAUUACGAUAAUUACAUCAAUGUGUAUGAGUUGACAAAUGGAAAGAUCUCUAUCAAGGUCACUAACUAUGGUGCUACCCUCCUUUCUGUCAUCGUUCCUGAUAGAAAUGGAAAAUUGGACGAUGUUGUUCUUGGCUAUCCAACCAUUGAUGGAUACAAGAAUGAUUCAACCUAUUUUGGUGGUCUUAUUGGCCGCGUAGCAAACAGAAUUGGAGGGGCAAAAUUUACUCUGAAUGGUGUAGGGUAUACUUUACCUGCAAAUGAUCAUGGAAACACACUUCAUGGUGGUACCAGAGGAUUUAGUGAUGUUAUAUGGGAGGUGACAGGCUACGAAAAGAACUCCCAUGUCUCCCUCCACUAUCACAGCUAUGAUGGUGAACAAGGAUUCCCUGGUGCAGUCGAUGUGUAUGUCACGUACAUGAUUAUUGGAGGAAACAGGCUAGGCCUGAAGAUGGAAGCCACCCCACUUGACAAAGCCACACCGAUUAAUCUGGCAUCCCACAGCUACUGGAAUCUUGCUGGCCAUGGCAGUGGUGAUAUUUUUUCACAUGACAUACAGCUUUUCGCGUCGAAGAUCACCCCAGUUGAUGACAAGCUGAUCCCAACCGGGCAAAUCGUUCCUGUACAAGGAACCCCCUAUGAUUUCCUUCAAUCCAGAAGUAUUGGUGGCAAGUUCAAUGAGCUUCCUUCUGGAUAUGAUAUAAACUAUGUGGUCGAUUAUGUACCCAAUGGGCACGUACACAAAGUUGCAGUUGUGCAAGAACCUAUAUCAGGUAGGAAGAUGGAGCUGUGGAGCAAUAAACCAGGUGUACAGUUUUACACAAGUAAUAUGUUGAAUGAUACACUAGGGAAAGAUGGUGCUACCUACCAUAGAUAUGGGGGACUUGCCUUGGAGACGCAAGGUUUUCCUGAUUCAGUUAAUCAUCCAAAUUUCCCUUCUCAGAUUGUUAACCCUGGAGAAAAUUACCUCCAUGUUAUGGUUUAUAGGUUCACAGCUCAUCAUUAGGGGUUGUAUUUUUCUUUCCUUUGCAUUGCUAGACACAAGAGUGCCUAUUUAUACAAGCACUUAGCCUUUGUCCUCCUUAAUUUGAUGUUUGCUUUGUUAACUGUUAUUAUUAGUGACUCAUAAAUGCAGUAUUCUAUA